GAGAGAGUAGAGAGAGUCAUCGGAUGGUGGCCAACCGUCUUGUUUUCCUCAGAACAUCGAGAGCAGGACAACCUGAGGCUGUCUGGCAGACAGUUGAAGCAAAAAAGAGGAUGGAUGCUGCAACAAGACAAUGAUCCAAAACACAGAAGUAAAUCAACUUCAGAGUGGUUUCAGAAGAACAAAAUACACGUUCUGUGCCCGAGCUAUUGGAAACAAUGAGUGACAAUACUGCAAGUUCUACCACAGCCAAUGACUUAGACCUCAUCUAUCUCAAAGGCAUUAUGGAGAGUCCUUUGGAGCAAGAAGAAGGCCAAAAGGAAUUACAUCUGUCCCCAGUGCGGGAGAACAAUAUGGAGCUAUUGCAGGAAAUUCUCAGAGAUCUCGACCCUUUCACUCAGAACUCCAAUUCAGCUGCCGAGCUCUGUCACUUACUGACACAGCCACAUUUUCAGUCUUUACUAGAGACUCAUGAUUCAGUUGCAGCCCAGGGGAUCGCAAGCACCCCCGGCAGCCCAUGCCAAUUUAUGACAGAUAACCAUGAUCAAGAUAUAGAGAUGAACAACUACCAGCCCCCACCUGAAGCAAUCCGCAUGGUGGGCAUACGCAAAGUAGAAGGAGAACAUCUGGGUGUGACAUUCAAGGUAGAGGGAGGUGAACUGGUGAUAGCACGCAUUCUCCAUGGAGGGAUGAUAGCUCAGCAAGGAUUGCUGCAUAUCGGUGACAUCAUCAAAGAGGUCAAUGGACGAGACGUGGGGCAAGACCCGAGGGUGCUACAGAAGGAGCUGCAGGCAGCCAGUGGAAGUGUGGUUCUUAAGAUACUACCUAGUUACCAUGAAAGUCUAAUUCCAAGACAGAUGUUCUUUAAGUGCCACUAUGACUAUAACCCAGCCAGUGACAAUCUGAUCCCCUGCAAGGAGGCUGGCUUAAGGUUUAAGGCAGGAGACAUCCUUCAGAUCGUGAACCAGGAUGAUGCAAACUGGUGGCAGGCAAGUCACGUGGAGGGUGGAACUGCAGGACUGAUUCCCAGUCAAAUGCUGGAAGAGAAGAGAAAAGCAUUUGUCAAGAGAGACGUGGCGCUGGUUCCACCAGCAGGAAAUUUGUGCACGGGUGUUGGUGUGAAAAGAAAGAAAAAGAUGAUGUAUGUGACGACAAAAAAUGCAGACUUUGAUAGACAUGAGAUACUGCUCUACGAGGAGGUGGCCAAGGUCCCUCCUUUCAAGCGGAAAACUCUGAUUUUGGUUGGUGCCCAAGGUGUCGGAAGACGCAGACUGAAGAACAUGCUUCUACUGAAGGAUCCCCAUCUAUUUGGAACCACUAUUCCUUAUACCUCCAGAAAGCCCAAAAAAGGGGAAUUCGAGAGCCGGAUGUAUGCCUUUACAAGCCGUAGCAAGAUGGAGGCCGACAUAAAAAAUGGAUUUUAUCUCGAAUAUGGAGAAUAUGAUGGCAAUUUGUAUGGAAUCAAGAUUGAAUCCAUACAUGAGGUUGUGGAAGCAGGGCGAAUUUGCAUUCUGGAUGCCCACCCUCAGUCCCUCAAAGUGCUGAGAACAUCAGAGUUUUUGCCGUAUGUGGUGUUCCUUCAAUCGCCAGACUUUGAGGCUCUCAAGGCAAUGAAUAACUCUGCUGUAGAGGCAGGGGUUUCUACAAAGGUACUUUCGGAUGAAGAUUUGCAGAGAACAUGUGAAGAGAGCGAUAAGAUCGAGGCGGCUUACGGUCAUUACUUUGACUUAACCAUCUUAAACAACAACCUGGAGGAGACCUACUGCGAAGUCAAGGCUGCGCUGGAAACAGUGUCUAAAACCCACCAAUGGGUUCCCGUCACCUGGGUUUUCUAGAACAGAACGCAAGUUCUGGCGAAGAAGGACACUGAAAAAACUGUUGCUUUCAAGUGUUUCAUCACCUUAGUCAAUAGUGAUUUUGUAUACAAUCAUUUUUUUGUAUACCAAUUCAUUCUUCACAAAAUUUUGCCAAACUGCAGUUGCCUAUGUGUGUGUGUGUUUUUUUUUAUAUUAUUAUUAAAAAAAAAAAAAAGAAAAGAAAAAACAUCUUGUGAACAGUAAUGUUGCUGCUUUAUUUAUUUAUUUUUCUUUUCUUUUUACAAUUUUGAUAUUAAGAUAUUCAGCUCCUGGUGUUGAAGGGAACUUCCAACCAUUCUAUUUUUCACUAAUAAAUUCAUUUUACGUAUUGUUUUGUUCCAGACUCACAAUGUUUAUUGUCCAGUUACACCAGCCAUUACACUGUACGAUUUCAUUCUUCCGCUUAUCCUCACAAGUGUCGAGGGGGGACUGGAGUAGGCUCUUUACAUAUGUAUACAUAUACACACUAGUCCUUCUCAAAAAGUUAGCAUAUUGUGAUAAAGUUCAUUAUUUUCUGCAAUGUACUGAUAAACAUUAGACUUUCAUAUAUUUAAGAUUCACUACACACAACUGAAGUAGUUCAAGCCUUUUAUUGUUUUAAUAUUGAUGAUUUUGGCAAAAAAAAAAAAAAAAAAAAAAGUCAAGAAAAAACAAAAAUCCCUAUCUCAAAAAAUUAGCAUAUCAUGAAAAGGUACUCUAAAGAAGCUACUAACCUAAUCAUCUGAAUCCACAAAUUAACUCAAAACCCCUGUGAAAGAUUCCUGAGGCUCCUAAAAACUCCCAGUCUGGUUCAUUACUCAAAACCGCAAUCAUGGGCAGGACCUAACUGCUGUCCAGAAGGGCAUCAUUGACGCCCUCAAGCAAGAGGCUAAGACACAGAAAGAAAUUUCUGAGAGAAUAGGCUGUUCCCAGAGUGCUGUAUCAAGGCACCUCAGU